GAAAGGGACAAGGUGUAUGGAAAAGUUCAAAUGUUUGUGUACAUUAAUUCACUUUUUCCUCCAUUUAUUCUUCAUAGCUCAACAAUACAUCAAGCCACAGACCAAAAAACACAAUCUACAAAUUACAAAACAAGUUUGAAAAAUGUCAGAAUUCAAAAGCAGUAAUAAGCUGAGUGUCGACAUUGAUCAAAUGCUCCGUGGGUUUUGCUACACAGCCACAACUCCGUCCAUCUACAGAGUCAACGACUGCCUACGCAACACCAGCGAGAAGGCGUAUGAUCCAAUGAUCGUCUCUAUAGGGCCGCUGCAUCGAGGAAAACCCAACCUUGAAGCCAUGGACUACCACAAAAUGAGGUACCUCAAGCAGCUACUUGGAAACCCCUUUCCUGUUGAAAUCUACGUGAACACGAUAAGGAACGUGGAACAAACUGCAAGAAAUUUCUACGCACAACAAGAGAUUGCUCUCGUCGAUGCAGACCAGUUUGCAAAAAUGCUGCUUCUCGAUGGCAUCUUCAUCAUUGAGUUCCUCCGCGAGUACUCAGAUGUAGAUGGAGGGGGAAUACAGAGAGACGGAAAUCCUAUCUUUGGAUCCGAAUAUAUUGUGAGUCAUCUCCUUCAUGAUCUGAUGCUGUUUGAGAAUCAAAUCCCUAUGUUUGUUGUUGAAGCCCUCUUCCAACUCUCCAAUCAUGAUAAUAAUACAGAGUUCAAAGAUCUAAUCUGGCCAUUGACAAAAUGUAGUAAAAAAGAUGUGGCAAAUGCAUUAUUGCCUAAUGAUGCUAGCCAUCUCCUUGGCCUAGUUCAUUCUGUCAAAUGUUUUUCUUUUGCUCUACUAUGCUCGCAUGAGAAAGGUUGGAAGGAGGAGAAGAACAUAAACUCUGCCACGGAUCUCAAAGAAGCCGGUAUAGUCUUCAGGAAGAAGGCCGCGGGGAAAGAUUGUAGUUGGUUGGAUAUCACAUUCAAGAACAGGACGCUUUACAUUCCUGAGUUGAUGAUUUCAGAUGAGACAGAGUCGUUGUUUAAAAACAUGAUUGCAUAUGAAUUCUAUCUCCCGGGGAGUAGCCCCAAGUACGUGACUGACUACGUGUUUUUCCUGCACUGCCUGAUGAGCAGCACCAAGGAUGUGGAGGUGCUGCGACGGUGUGGGGUGAUCAGCAACUGGAUGGGAGGGGAUGCUAGAGUUUAUAAUGUGAUAGUGAGAUUGGGGACGCACGCGUUUAACUCUAGGUAUUUUUCGUAUGGGGGUGUUUUCGAUAGCAUAAACGAGCACAGCGGGCGAAAGUGGAACAAGUGGAUCGCGGUGCUGAGGCGACACCACUUGAAUAAUCCAUGGACUUUCCUUUCCUUGGUUGCAGCUGCAGUGUUGCUCUCGCUUACCAUGGUGCAGACGGUGUUUGCUGUUCUCUCCUUUCGUAAGCCAACUUAGUUUUCAUUUCAUUUCUGCUGCAUUUUUUGUUACAAAACACUGUAUUGAAGUUCGUAGUUCUGGAUUGGGAAUUAGUUAGUAUUUGAUCACAACCCUUAAUUUUAUGUGUAAUAUCUUAUUUUUUUAAUCAUGUUGAAGUACAUAAGUAUGUAAAAGUAUUUUGAGUUUGAUAGUUAGGUUUAAUUGUUUUAGUUGACUUGCUAUUCUUGUUUAUGACAUGGAUUC